GUUAGUUCGUUAGGUCCCUUUUCUUAAAACACACUUUUAUCAGCGAGCCUUUUCCUACAUUUUUAUCCGAGCUUGAACCCCUCUUGGAACUGUCUUUUUUUUACCUUCUUUUAAAACGUGUUUUUCCCGAAAUAAUCGAUGAAAACCAUCGCAAGUUGCAGCAGCUUUACUGCUUAGUAUUUGGAGCCGAUGUUUCCCGCGUCGGACAACAUGACCCCGGCUCCUUUGACGCAAAACUGCUCCAACUGCAGCCAGGCUUUAGUCGCAGAGCUCAACGUGGUCAAAGCCGUGGUUUUGGGCCUCGUUCUGGGCGGCAUCAUUUUGUUUGGAAUUGUGGGAAACAUCCUGGUAAUCCUCUCCGUGGUUUGCCAUCGACACCUGCGGACAGUCACGCAUUAUUUCAUCGUGAAUCUAGCCGUGGCCGAUCUGCUUCUGAGCUCCACUGUCCUACCGUUCUCCGCCAUUUUGGAGAUUGUGGACCGUUGGGUGUUUGGACGGGUUUUUUGCAACGUUUGGGCGGCCGUGGAUGUUCUCUGCUGCACCGCGUCCAUCAUGAGCCUCUGCGUGAUCUCCGUCGACCGCUACAUCGGCGUCAGCUACCCUCUGCGCUACCCGACCAUCGUGACAAAGCGCAGGGCGCUGCUGGCCGUCAUGCUGCUCUGGGUUCUGUCCGUCAUCAUCUCUAUCGGACCUUUGUUCGGCUGGAAAGAACCGGCGCCUGAGGACGAAUCUAUCUGCAAGAUCACGGAGGAGCCGGGCUACGCCAUCUUCUCAGCCGUCGGAUCUUUCUACCUCCCUUUGGCCGUCAUCCUGGCGAUGUACUGCCGGGUUUACGUGGUCGCUCACAGGGAGAGCCGGGACCUGAGGGAAGGCCACAAGACGGAGAAGUCAGAUUCGGAGCGAGUCAUACUCAGGAUGCACAGAGGCAACGCGACCGCGUCCGAGGACGAGUCGCUCCGAAGCCGCACGCACUUCGCCCUGCGGCUGCUCAAGUUCUCGCGUGAGAAGAAGGCCGCCAAGACGUUGGGCAUCGUGGUCGGCUGCUUCGUGUUGUGCUGGUUGCCCUUUUUCCUGGCGCUUCCCAUCGGCUCCAUCUUUCCCGCGUACAGACCUUCAGACACCGUCUUCAAGAUCACCUUCUGGCUCGGCUACUUCAACAGCUGCAUCAACCCCAUCAUCUACCCGUGCUCCAACCAGGAGUUCAACAAAGCUUUCCAGAGUUUACUUGCAGUCCGCUGCCUGAGAAAGACUCCCAGAUCGCAGCAUCGGCACCUGAGUGCCGGCCAGAGUCACGCGCCGGGUCACGGCCAGAAUCCAACUCUGGGAAUGGACGGCAGGGCCGCGCCCUGUCGGCUCAGCCCAUCAUCUUCUACAGCGCUGUCCCGGACGCCGUCCUCCAGGGAUAGCCAGGAGUGGAGAGGGUCUGUCCCGGCCGAGACGGGCCGAGAUAAAGUGGCCAAACUGUGCAGUAAAAGCUUCCACCGAACCUGCUGCUGCUUCCCUAACUGUGCCACACCCCCUCCCACCGGAAACCUUCCCACCAUCAAAAUCCACCAACUCUCGCUGUCGGACAGAGGGGAGCCCGUAUAACCCUUCAUCCAUGAGUCAUAACGCCUCUUUUAAGGUCACGGAUGAGACUAUCUUUUGCGUUGGCUCUGCACCCAGCUGGCUUUUAAAGUUUUAGCUUUGAUAUCAU